GCUUGAAUUGGCUUGGGUUUAUGUUAAUUGCUCUUGGUUCCUUCAAUUUUUGGGUAGCCCGUGAGCUUUCUUCUUCCAUGCCGCCGGCCUUCCCCCAAUCUGCAGCUCCGGUUUUAGCUGGAGAAUUAUGGUUCUCGAUCGUUCUGUUAGUUUAGUACGUGAAUUGAGUGCUCGGUUUUGCGGAGUGAGGUAAGUAGAUUAUGGUAACGCCCUUCGAUUUUAAAAGCAUGUUUCGAUUUGUUUUUGAAGUGGUGGCGGGACUAAACCUGUUUUACACAAGUAUGAGUGAUUUGAAGUGAAAUGUUUUAUGCUUUUCAUUAAAUUGAGCAUGCCUACUUGAAAUUUAAGUGACUGUCCUGAUGAUCUGAAAGUGAUUUUGAAUUGUGAUUUUCCUGUUAACUUCUGCCUGUUUUGUCUCCGAUGUGGUCAUGUUAUUAGUGACCCUGUUAGUGGGGGAGGUUAUAAACGCUAGUACAUGUCGACAUGUUAUUGAUAGAAUCGGUUCGUUGAGUGACCCUGCUUGUGGGGGUUAUACACCAGCAAACAGUGACCCUGCUUGUGGGAAUUAUACACCAGCAAACAGUGCGCCUGCCAGUGGGUGUUAGACGCUGGCCAUGACCUAUAGAGGAGACGUCUAUUUCGUUCCCGUAUUGUAUCCGUUUUUCGUGAUUGCACAUGUUGGCAUGCUAUAAGUUUAAUUAAGGGCACUCCAUGUUUACUUACUGAGUUUAUCUCAUAGUUUUUUUUUGUCCACCAUUUCAGGAAGUGAAACCGAGGACAGAGAAACCACGGGAAGUGACGAGUUAGAAAGCUAGCCAUUUCGAGAUUGAUAUAGAUUUUAGAAAUAAAUCAUGAUCUUGUAAGCUAAAGUGUAUUUGGAGAUUUAUGAUAUCGGAGAAAUUUUAUAAUUUGAUCUUCAGAUUUUUAUGGUAUUAGUUUGUGAUAUGAUUAAGUUCCGAGCCUUGUGCACUUGUGGGACCCGUCUCACGAGUGCACGGCAUCUGCCACGUCUCCGGAUUUGGGUUCUGGGGCGUGACACCUUGUGAG